CUCAAAAUGGGUCGAAGUCACUCGAAGGAGAGGACGCGUCCACUCACAGCAACGACCAACCCCUCAGCUACAGCACUAAUAACCUACAAGAAGCAACUGACGUGCGUCUAGCCUCUUGUCACAAUCAUGAGCUCCUAUGACCGCAUGAUCACCAUCUUCUCGCCGGACGGCCGACUCUACCAAGUCGAAUACGCUUUCAAGGCCAUUUCCGCAGCGGGCAUCACGACAGUCGGUGUGCGUGGCAAAGACUGCGCCGUUGUCCUCUCCCAAAAGAAAGUGCCAGAUAAGCUCCUCGACCCGACCAGUGUCACGCAAUGUUUUCGCAUCACUCCGACCAUUGGUUGUGUCAUGACGGGUGCUCAAGCGGAUGCGCGCGCUGCGGUGACGCGCGCCCGUUCAGAAGCGGCAGAAUUUAGGUAUACCUAUGGUUAUGAGAUGCCAUGUGAUGCGUUGGCUAAGCGAAUUGCCAAUAUCAAUCAGGUGUACACACAGCGUGCAGCCAUGAGACCCUUGGGUGUGACGAUGACAUUGAUUGCGAUGGAUGAGGAGAAAGGACCGCAGUUGUUCAAGUGUGAUCCUGCUGGCUACUUUGUGGGAUACAAGGCGACGAGCUCAGGUCCCAAGCAGCAGGAAGCGACGAAUUACUUGGAGAAGAAGCUCAAAAAGGACAGUGCAGUGGAGACAUGGCAGGAUACCGUUGAUUUGGCCAUCAAUACAUUGUCGUCAGUGCUGAGCGUGGACUUCAAGGCAACAGAGCUUGAGAUUGGUAUCGUAGGCGGGGACAAGGUGCCCUUCAGGAUGCUCUCGACGGAUGAAAUUGAUGCACGACUACAAGCAAUCGCAGACAAGGCAUAGAGCAAAUCAAAGCAAUUAUGUGAUGCAGUCCUCUCAUUAAAAUGCCUACCUGCC